AUGAAUGGUGGAGACAGGAGUCCAGCGACAAAGUAUACUAUCGACUCGAGUGAUACACGGAAUCGCUCGUCCAAGGAUACCCCAAACAUGCAUGAACUUGGAAAGGACCCGUUGACAUGGAGCUUCGUGAAGCUUUUGGGCGUGCACGUGAGUCGUGAUUUAGUCGAAUUCGGAGGUCUUCCAGCAAGUCAUGCGUGGCGAUUCAAGAUGUCAGGACUCUGGAGAGCACGUCUUCUGACAAAAGCCCAGUGCAUUGGAGUGGUCAUUUCCACCGUGGAGCGAGCGGAUCGAGGUGAGACCUAG